UGCUGCAGUGGAUGGUCCUCACGUUGCGCUCGCAACUCGUCUUAGUGGAGGAGAUCUGAGCAUCUCGCGGUCGUUUUGCCACCCUUCUUUGCCUUUUUAGCCGUUCCUUUUGCCGGCCCCUUACCUUUUCUCAGAAGGUUUGGAUCAAUGUGAGGCAAAAGUCAUAGGAUAGAUGAGAGAGCUCAGGAAGUCUUUAAUCCCGCAUCUCAUGCACUAUGACUGUCUAAUCUUCUGCUGUCUCCAGAUGACAGAGAAGCUUGUGGUCCUAGAUGCCUCCUGCUUUUAGACUGUGUGCCAGACCAACAGUAUUCAUGGUCCCCCUCGCAGUACUUCGAUGAGGACAGCUACUCCCCUCCACCCAGGAACAUGAAGGGUCUCUCCGGCGGCCGCCCUGCCCACCUCCAGCUCACCUCCCCCACCUCUGCCCACACCUGCGGCCUGGCUGAUUGUGACCAUUCCCUGGACCACCUGCACCACCAUGUUGACUCACGGCCUCCUUCCUAUCUCCUCAGCCCCACUGAGAGCUGCCCCCUCGACGGUCAUCACCGCUGCUCCCCACGGAGCUCCAUCCACUCCGAGUGCAUGGUGAUCCCGAUGUCCAUGUCGGCCACUGACCACUCUAUCUCCAGUAGCACUUUCCCGCGCAUGCACUACGGCAGCGCUUCGCGGGACAGCGGCGGGAACGCCUCGGGCGGCAGGGAAUCUCGAGACAACGGCGGCUCGUCCUCGCACGGCGGCAGCGGCAAAAUGAACCGAAUCCCAGCAAACCUCCUGGACCAAUUUGAAAAACAGAUGCCGCUGCACCGGGACGGCUUCCACACGCUGCAGUACCAGCGCACCUCCACCACGACCACGACUACAGAGCAGCGCAACGAAAGCCCCGGGCGAAUACGCCACUUAGUCCACUCAGUACAGAAGCUUUUCACAAAGUCACACUCCCUGGAGGGCUCCUCCAAGAUGAACGGCACCAAAGGUGACUCGCACAGGGAAAGCUCGCACCACCACCAUCACCACCACCAAGGCCACCACAAACACAGCAAACGCAGCAAGAGCAAAGAGCGCAAGUCCGACAGCAGCAAGCAGCGCUCGGGAGGCUGGUGGAGUUCAGAUGACAACCUCGACAGCGACAGCACUUACAGAACGCCGAGCGUCAUGUCGCGGCAUCCGGUCGACCACAUCAGCCACUGUUACCCCGAGUCUGUGCACGGCCACAUGGUGGGAGAUCUGUCGCUAAAGACCUCCAAAAGCAACAACGACGUGAAGUGCUCAGCCUGCGAAAGCAUAGCCAUGGCGCCAGAGGGCAAGUUCAUGAAGAGAAGCUCCUGGUCAACGCUGACAGUUAGCCAGGCCAAGGAGGCCUACAGGAAGUCCUCACUCAACCUGGAAAAGCCAAUGAUGCCCACGGAUCUCAAGCCCAACCUCAGGCCCUGCCACUAUCUACAGGUGCCCCAGGAUGAGUGGGGGGGUUAUCCUGGAGGUGGGAAGGACGAUGAGAUACCUUGCCGUCGGAUGCGGAGCAGCAGCUAUGUUAAAGCCAUGGGGGACGAGGAGAGCGGCGAGUCAGACUCCAGCCCCAAGACGUCGCCUCAGAAGUCAGUGCGGCCAGACGCCCUGGUCAAGGCCAUCAUCAGACCCAGGGACCUGCUGGACUCCCAGAGCUCUUACCGCCUGGAUAAAAUCAACAGUGACAUGCGUAACUACAUCACCAAUUUUGCUGCAGACUUGAGUCAGAGCUACCACUUGCAAGCCACCAGGGACAUGCACCCGAGCAUUGCCCUGGAUCCCUCCACCAACUACAACUCACCCAAGUUUCGCUCCAGGAAUCAGAGCUAUAUGCGGGCUGUCAGCACCCUCAGUCAGGCUAGCUGUGUUAGCCAAGUGAGCCAGGUGAGUGAAACAGAAAUUAACGGCCAGUUUGAGUCUGUGUGCGAGUCUGUGUUCAGCGAGGUCGAAUCCCAGGCCAUGGACGCUUUGGACCUGCCCGGCUGCUUCCGAACCCGGAGCCACAGCUACCUGCGAGCCAUCCAGGCUGGCUACUCCCAAGAUGACGACUGCAUUCCCCCCAUGGCCUCCACCGUCACCUCCACCAUCAGGUCCACCACAGACAGAAAUUAUGUGCAGGAAGACUCUUGUUUACCUGACCAGGACAGAAUACAUGAGGAUUUGGCAGACACAGUCCCUCUGACUCAUGAUGAUCUAGGCUGCCCCAUCAGAAGAGACGGGCUUUACCACCAAGACAGCACGGGGGCUACAGCCAAACCCUUGUCUGGACCACCUGUUUCUCCGAGCCUCUUCAGAUCCACUGGAGCUAGUGCUCCAGAACGGCCAUCGCCAAAGGCCAUCCAGGCCAGUAUCAAAGAGUCGGCUACCCUGGCUGCCGCUAUCAGCAUGCAGUGGAAGGAAGAGGUCUCGGCCAUGCGUCGAGAGCUAGCUGAACUCAGGAGGGACCUCUGUAAAGAACUUCGUGCUUUCAACAGUAAUUUCAACACUUUCACGCAGCAUUAUAACACAUGGUCUCCCCAGGGAGGCAACGUGGCCGCUGGAGCUGGGGCAGGCUUGGGUGCAGGAGCUGGACCUAGUACAGGGACCGGAACAAGGGCAAGGCCUGGAGCGGGGUUGGGGUCGGGGCCCGGUGCAGGAAGAUUUGGAACCUCUACUGCAGAUAGAGGCGCUGGGGGGGCUAGAGAGAAAAAGCCCCAAAUAUCCAAGGUAUCGGUGGGGACCCAGGCCCGCAGCAAAGUCUUGGUCAGGCAGAGCACUGCAGAUGCAGCUGUUAAUUGUCCAGAAGAAAAAGACGAAAAGAAAGGGGCCCGCCGAGGCCUGCCAAAACAGCUCUCGAUGGACCCGAGCAUUCUUGCCUCUCCACAGUCAAUGUACGUAGAAAGUGCCAUACCACUUUCUUUGGAUCCAAUACUUCCUGUCUCUGUUCGAGCAGUCAAGCCAGAGACACUUGAUGAUACUGCUGUGCUCACCAGAGCUGAAUCGGAGCUUGCAGUCGACGGUGCAGUUCUAAGCUCCUCUGACGUGGCCACUAAUGAGCCAACCACCCAGGGUGCAGCGCCACGUUCUCUAGAAACAGCCCCUGAGAGUCCUCAGGGUUCAUCAACACCUGAACAGGAAAUGGUAAUCACUCCACAACAAACAGAUGUAGGUCCACGUAAUAAUUCCCUACCCCAAUCUGAACCAUCUUUCACAGAUAACCCCCCAGACUCCAAGCAAAUUCACAAGGAUAUGAUACAGCUGCCAUACCCAGUCCCUGUAGUUACAGUGUCACCACCAGAUGAACAGGAACAUGACAUCAUGUCAGAUUCAGAGUCUCCAGAUGUUGUCACUGUGGACAAACCAGAUUCAGGCCCUAAAGAUCCUACUGCCGUGUCCUCAACAUAUCCAGAACUGGAAAAGACAGAUUCCUCAGACCCAACACAAGAAGAACUUCAACCAUCAGAAUCGCCCGUAGCCAUUAGUCAAGGCUCAACCUCAAACUGUGAUGCACCAACUCUUCAGUUUGAUCCUCUUACACUGUCUGAUUUGGAUAGCGGCAUAACAUGUCCGUCUAUUGUUGUGUCAGAGUAUCUUGACUCGGACGAUCCUGCGAGUCCAGCCGGCAGUGUCACAGAUCCAGAUCCCAUUAUCACCUUUCCCGAUCAUUCCGACCUCCCUGAUGAGGAGAAAACAUCUGUCUCAACUUUUGCUUCCAGCUCUGUAGAAACUCCACCAAACCCUGAAUCUCAAGAGUCUCAAGACUCAGACUGGCCACCUCUUCCAGAACCGCUGGAGACCACCACUAUAUAUCACGCUGAUCUGGUCCAUUUUGACUUGGUCAUGCUGACUUCCCUGGAUCAAGAUGAUCUGGACUCGGUGUUUAUGGAUCCUGAACCAGAGCCUUUUGACAUUAGUGUUGACUCUUUAUCAAAUGUAGAGGAUUUAGACCCACUCAUGUACCAGUCAGACAGUCCAAGUUCACCUCUACCAUCUGUUGACCCUGUUGCAAUGGGCCCUUUGGAUCCUUCAGAAUCAACAGAGUUCGUCUGUUUGGACCCAACUACGGAGUAUCACAUGUCUCAGGACGUAGCCUCGGGAUUACAUGACAUCCUACCACAGGUCACUGUCACAAUAUCCCCUCCAAGUUCGGUAUCUCCUGAUACAUCACUGGAACUAGACUUUGGACCCACAAGUCCAGCUUCAGAACCUGCUCUAUCAUCAGGCCCAGAUCUCCAAGAGAUAACCUCGGAGGACCUGCCAUCCAUGGAGUCAGAUGAUGUUACAGCAGAGAUACUGGAGUGUGUGGCUGUAUCCCAUAUGACUGUGGGACCUGUGGAGGAGGAUGUUCCAGGCAGUUCAGAAGCAGCUUCAUCUGAGCAGGCCUUUUUGUGGUACAGGUGGCAGAAGAGGGGCCACAGGCGAGACUCGAUGUACAGGAGUGCGAGUGUAGAACUGUGGAGUGGCCGAUACGAGUACAACAGCGCAGAAAUCACAUACGUGUCUCUCACUCUGUGAGCUCAUACCUCAUCCUCAGCAGACGAAAUGUAGCUGAAAAUUAUAUUUAUAGCUUUUGGUUUGUAGCUGCCAGUGCACUUACAGCGACGUGCGCAUCGAAAUGUCAUGGGAUCAUUGGCAUUCAAGCAAGAACUUCCUUCUACAUCGUCCAUGGAAAAAGACUGCAUUGGUAGCAGCAAAACUGCAUUUCAUGGACUGCAACACAGUGCGAGAAUGUCAUAAACUCCUGCAGUGAUAAAUGCACUGAACAAUAAUGUUUCAUAAAGCUCUCUGAAGCAGUUGUCACCUCUAAUGUGAAUCAUCUCCCAGGAAAGGACUCCUCAUCCUCAGAGUGCUGGUUCAAAUCGAUGGAUGAUCCUGCAUAACAAAUGUUGUACACAUUUAUUUUAAGCGCUCACUAAUAGACUGUAGAAACAGUCCAGAGUGUACAAGGUCACAGCAGUCUUUGCAAUGAUUACGGCGAUUACUUUGACCUAUUUUGAGCUCUCCUUGCAUUGUCACUCUAAAGUGGGGUGAAGUAAAUAUUGGCAGUUAUCAUAUAACUAUAUAAAGAGAUACUGUUUACUAUGUGAGCUGUUGGAUGGACGGGUUUAAAGAGAGAAGAACAUGAGAAAUGAUGUUUGCACAAUGCUGAGUGGAACUGGGAUCCUCUACUGUUACAGCUGUUUGCAAAAGUUUGAGCAAAUUGUUUAUUCUGUUGAUAUUUUACAGUGAAUGCAACCUCAGCGGUACACAGGUGUUAGAAGAAAUAACUUUUUUUUAAUUCAGUGGCUUAAAAAUAAUAAAAAAUAUCAAAUGUGCCACAUGCAGAGGUUUGCAUCUGCUAACAUCACUGACGUCUCAGCCCUUCAUUAACGAUCAUCAUUAGGUAAAAUAAGGUGUGGGCAGACUUUUGCAUACAGCUGCAUUUUGUUGGAAAAUAAUUCUGCAUUUAUAAUCAUUCCCAACUAAAAUUGCAAACCAGUAGAGUCACAGUAUGUAGCUACCGUUACCUGCAUACACAUACAGUUUGCUAUCAAACAUGCACACAUUUUCUGCACUGUACAGAUGAAUUCAUCAGAGACACUCUAAAUUAUUACAUUUGUCUGACACUGGAAUAACAGGCUUUGCUCAGAGGUGAUGAUGUAUUUUUUACUGUAAGCUAUCAUCCUAACGCUCAGGAAUCAAAGACUGAGAAUGUACUGGGACAUAAGUGUGAUGACAUGCCGAAUUGUAUUUCUUCCUGAAAAGAGGUAGUGCUGCAUUUCCACGUGUGAUACUGACUGAUGAAGAUAAUGUAGUAAUGGUGCAUGACAGAUGGCCUCCAUAUUUCCUUGUGUUUCAUACGCAGUGCCUCACUGUAAGUAUUCGGUUCUAUUCAUAGCUUCAUUUCGACAUUCAGUGCAAUGAAAGGAGCCUACGUACCACCGAAGAUGCAGAAUUCUGUUACCAGCAACGAACAGCCAGGCAAAAAUCAGAAGAUAUAUCUGCACUCUCUGUCCAAUUAAUGCGCUCUGUGGAGUCGCCCACUGAAGUCUGAUAAAGUGCAUCGGAAUAAAAGGAAUCUUUCAGCAGAACAUCAGUGAGCUGCCAGAAAAGGAUUUUCGUCUGUUGUUUUGAGUCGAAUGUGCGCGCAGCACUUUAUUAAAGUUUGCUAAAUUAGAUGAAUGUGAGAGGUUUUCAAAGGGGCGGGAAGUUAAUUAGGUUCUACUGUUGAAUUCAUUUUACUGACAUAAAGUGCUCCACUUUUCUUCUUCUCCUUCCUUUCUUCCUUUACCUUUGCAAAGAUCGUAACUAGAAGUAGCUCGCAAUUUAUUAUGCAUUGUAAUGGUAAUAUUUUUAUUUGUAGCAUAUAAUCCAAAAAUAAAGUGCUGUAGGAUGCAGCGUGCAACGGCACGUAAAGCCGGGCUUUUCCUGCUGGAUCAGACAGAAUGAUGCAGGUGUGUCACAACACGGUAUUUACUGUUAUAUUAUUACAAACCAAAAAAAGCCAGUGGCCUCAAGUUAUCUGCCCAAUCUUAAUUUACAAAAUGGCUUCGACUGCUUCCUGCUGUAGACUCGUUUCAUUUUCAAAUUUCAUCAAGAUUAAGGUCGAUUCAAUCGGAUGGAAGCGCCGAGACCUUUUCUGACAACGGUGACAAAUACGAUCAUUAUUUUUCACUUCAUCAGGUACUUUACAUUAGACGGGGUUAUCACAACCUCACUUUCUUGCAUUAGUAUUUUUUUAUGAUUUAAGAUAAAGUGUGAUAAACUGUAGAGGUCAUGCUGUCAUCGUAAAUAAAAGACAAACGAUCUUUGUUGUUCUGUGGACCCGCUCGUGAUCUGUGUCCUCAAUAAAGUCUGGAAAUAACUGAUAACCCUGCAAAUAUCAGAAAAUGAGUUGAAGUAAAGAAUAUGCUUCCUGCUUGGUGUUAACGGGAACAAUCGGGCACUUUUACGCUAUUAUAAUGAUGGUACUCGAUCACAACGCUCAUCCUGCUGCAAUAAGAGCAAUCAUAACGCACAAACUCCCGCUGUGCCAGAUGAUCCUCGUAUCCUGCAGUUUGUUCUUGGAUCCAAUCUAAGUAUGGCUUUUUCUAUUGUUAAUCCAUUAUACUGUGUGUUUGGGCAAAUACGCCCCCUCUUCUGAAUAUCCCAUCG